UGUUUGCGCGAGACUGCUUCCUUCCUUCCUCCCUUGCCAGUCCGCCUGUCUUCCUCCCCCUCUUCCCAGCCCGGCCUCCCCCUCCUUCCCCCGCCGGUCCCCUCCCCGCAGGGAUAAUAUGGUCUCCGGCGAUGGACGCCCCAAGUGCAGGAUAUGCCUUUGAGUACCUUAUUGAAACAUUAAAUGACAAUUCAAGUAAGAAGUUCUUCAAUGUACCUAAACUUGGAGGCACCAAGUAUGAUGUUCUGCCUUACUCAAUACGGGUUCUGUUGGAAGCUGCUGUACGAAAUUGUGAUGGCUUUUUAAUGAAAAAAGAAGAUGUUAUGAACAUUUUAGACUGGAAAACCAAACAAAACAUUGUUGAAGUGCCCUUUUUCCCUGCCCGUGUUCUUCUUCAAGAUUUUACUGGAAUACCAGCAAUGGUGGAUUUUGCUGCUAUGAGGGAGGCAGUGAAAACUCUUGGAGGUGAUCCUAAAAAAGUCCAUCCUGCCUGUCCGACAGAUCUCACAGUUGACCAUUCUUUACAAAUUGACUUCAGUAAAUGUGCAAUACAGAAUGCGCCAAAUCCUGGAGGUGGUGACCUACAGAAAAUAGGAAAGCUUUCUCCACUUAAAAUGCAGCCUAAGAAGCUUCCCUGCAGAGGCCAGACUACCUGCCGAGGAUCCUGCGAUUCUGGAGAACUAGGCCGAAACUCAGGAACAUUUUCUUCACAGAUUGAGAAUACACCCAUCCUAUGUCCUUUUCAUUUGCAACCAGUGCCUGAACCUGAAACAGUAUUUAAAAAUCAAGAAGUAGAAUUUGGCAGAAAUCGAGAGAGGCUUCAGUUUUUCAAGUGGAGUUCAAGAGUUUUUAAGAAUGUGGCUGUCAUCCCUCCUGGAACUGGAAUGGCUCAUCAAGUAAACUUAGAAUAUUUGUCGAGAGUGGUAUUUGAAGAAAAGGAUCUCCUUUUCCCAGACAGUGUAGUUGGCACAGAUUCUCAUAUAACCAUGGUGAAUGGUUUGGGGAUUCUUGGGUGGGGAGUUGGAGGCAUUGAAACAGAAGCCGUUAUGCUUGGUUUGCCUGUUUCUCUUACUUUACCCGAGGUGGUUGGAUGUGAGUUAACUGGAUCAUCCAACCCUUUUGUUACAUCCAUAGAUGUUGUUCUUGGCAUUACAAAGCACCUCAGGCAAGUAGGAGUAGCUGGAAAGUUUGUUGAGUUUUUUGGAAGUGGAGUUUCACAAUUAUCGAUCGUAGAUCGAACUACAAUAGCCAACAUGUGUCCAGAAUAUGGUGCUAUCCUCAGCUUUUUCCCUGUUGACAAUGUGACAUUAAAACAUUUAGAACAUACAGGUUUUGACAAAGCCAAACUCAAGUCAAUGGAGACGUACCUUAAAGCUGUGAAAUUGUUUCAAAAUGACCAGAAUUCUUCAGAACCUGAAUAUUCCCAGGUGAUCCAGAUUAAUCUGAAUUCAAUAGUUCCAUCUGUCAGUGGUCCAAAAAGACCUCAGGAUAGAGUUGCUGUGACAGACAUGAAAAGUGAUUUUCAAGCUUGCUUAAAUGAAAAGGUUGGAUUUAAAGGCUUCCAAAUUGCAGCUGAAAAACAAAAUGAUACCGUCUCUAUUCAUUAUGAAGGAAGUGAAUAUAAGCUGUCUCAUGGAUCAGUGGUUAUUGCUGCAGUAAUCAGUUGUACCAAUAAUUGCAAUCCAUCUGUCAUGCUUGCUGCAGGUCUUUUGGCUAAAAAGGCUGUUGAAGCUGGUCUCUAUGUUAAACCUUAUAUUAGAACAAGUUUAUCUCCAGGCAGUGGGAUGGUUACACAUUACCUCAGUUCAAGUGGAGUAUUACCAUAUCUUAGUAAGCUUGGAUUUGAAAUAGUUGGCUAUGGUUGUUCGACAUGUGUGGGAAAUACAGCACCAUUAUCAGAAGUGGUUUUAAAUGCAGUAAAACAGGGAGAUUUGGUUACCUGUGGAGUUUUAUCUGGAAACAAAAAUUUUGAAGGUCGACUUUGUGAUUGUGUUCGUGCCAAUUAUCUUGCCUCUCCACCCUUGGUGGUGGCUUAUGCCAUAGCUGGCACAGUGAAUAUAGAUUUCCAAACAGAGCCUUUAGGUACUGACCCUACUGGCAAGAACAUUUAUCUACAUGACAUCUGGCCUAGUCGAGAAGAAGUUCAUCAGGUGGAGGAAGAACAUGUUAUAUUAUCCAUGUUUAAAGCACUAAAAGAGAAGAUAGAGAUAGGAAAUAAGCGGUGGAAUUUUUUAGAAGCACCAGACUCAGUUUUGUUUCCAUGGGACUUAAAGUCUACCUAUAUCAGAUGUCCUUCAUUUUUUGAUAAACUUACCAAAGAACCAGUUGCACUGCAGCCUAUUGAAAAUGCCCAUGUCUUAUUAUAUUUGGGAGAUGCUGUUACAACAGAUCAUAUAUCACCUGCUGGUAGUAUUGCUAGGAGUAGUGCUGCCGCUAAGUAUUUGACAAAUAGAGGCCUUACCCCUCGUGAAUUCAAUUCUUAUGGCGCCCGAAGAGGUAAUGAUGCUGUGAUGACAAGAGGCACUUUUGCAAAUAUCAAGCUUUUUAAUAAGUUUAUUGGAAAACCAGCUCCCAAAACAGUUCAUUUUCCAUCGGGACAAACGCUAGAUGUAUUUGAAGCUGCAGAGCUGUACCAGAAAGAAGGUAUCCCACUGAUUAUUUUAGCAGGAAAGAAGUAUGGUUCAGGAAAUUCAAGAGACUGGGCUGCCAAAGGACCAUAUUUACUGGGUGUGAAAGCUGUUUUGGCUGAAAGUUAUGAAAAAAUACACAAAGAUCAUUUGAUUGGAAUUGGCAUAGCUCCACUUCAGUUCCUUCCAGGAGAAAAUGCAGAUUCCUUGGGUCUCUCUGGCAGAGAAACAUUUUCUUUAACAUUUCCUGAAGAACUGUCUCCUGGAAUUACAUUAAACAUAAAGACAAGUACUGGAAAAGUAUUCAGCGUGAUUGCUUCCUUUGAAAAUGACGUGGAAAUAACAUUGUACAAACAUGGAGGAUUAUUAAACUUUGUGGCACGAAAAUUCUCAUAGUAUCUACUCACCGUGGAUGUCUUUGAUAACUGGUAACUGCAAACCUUUUGUGCUGGACCCAGGAAUCCUUGCCAUGGAGCUGCAGAUAGUCCCAGUAUACUCACUUAUUUCAUCCAUGGAUGUAAAUGAUUAUGAAUCAACGUAGUGACUGAAAUGAAAUCUUCUUGAUUUUAAAUAAUAUACGAAUGGUGCUAUUAACAUUGCUAAAAUCAAUGUGUGGAGUGUGUUGUGGAAGAGACCUGUAAGUAUGGGUUGGGGGGGGUGCGAAUAUUUUAUCUCAGACCAUUUUGUAAAUAAAGGCAGAAUUUGAACUUGUGUUAAAAGAUUCUUAUAUGAGUAAUUUCCUGAAGUUGUUUGUUUAGUUUUGCACCUAUAAAACUGUACUACUGUUUGUUGGUUUAAGAGUAGCAGAUUGAAAUGAGAGAAACCAAAGUAGACUCUAAAAUAGUGGAUAUUGGAAAUCUGAUUUAUUAAUGGACUUUUUAAGUAUAAUAAUUCCUUUUCAGAAUUGAGCUGGACACAAUUGGCAUUCCUACUUUGUAAUAUAAGCCAGGUUUAUCCUUUGUCUCAACAACAAGGAAUAGAACCUACCCCACAUGAAAUCAUUCUGUCCAGCCAAAGUUUCCUCCACAUCUGAAGAUGGACCAUUGCAGAAUAUAAAUGAUUAUAUGGCACACUGUAUUUACAGUGAAAAUAUGAAUUGUCUUGAUGCAGCCCUUAAUUUUUCAGUAAUUUGCCACUGUGCCCCUCCGGCAAGCCUCAGAUGACAUUACAUUAAUUGGAUGAGAUCAUUUUGCUCAUCUUAUGUGAUACUCUUACUUCUGUUACCUACUGUAGAUAUCACCAACUGACAUUCCACAUUCAUUUUAUGGAUGCUAAAGAGAACUUGAAUCAUUAAACUCUAGCUUGAUUUCCUCUAGACUUUUAAAUUAUCCACCCUAAAUUAUAUGGGUGCUCACCCCUAACCAUUUUUUAAAUGUUAAUACUUCUUAAUUUUUUAAGUUGACUUUCUGUCAUUUCAAAUUAUUAUUUACUUGGGAUGUAUGAUUCUAUUAAUUUUGUUAUGGUUUGUUUGGUUUUAACCAAAGUGGACCAUGAGGAUAAAACACUUAAGUUGUUGCUGUCUGAGUAUUAAAUAUUCUCAGUAUGCACGUUUACCAUAUCACAUCAAAUAUUCUGUCAACAAGGUUAUUUGGUAACUUUUAAAAAAAGGUUGGAUAAUUAUUUUCAGAAAAUCCUGCACCAUUUUUUAAAUUAAGAAAUUAAGCUUAGCAAAAAGUUAAUUGUAAUGUUUUUUUUUCACAUGAAGAUCUUUAUAUGACCUAGUUAAGUUGCAUUUCAGAAUUAGCUUAUGAUGCACAGAAUAAAACGUUACUGAUUUUAAGCUAUAAUGCUCAAACGAGUAGGUGAAGACCACUGAGAACUUUGCACAGAAUCAAUCAUACAGUCUUUUGAAAAUAUUUUGCAAAUAUAUAUUUAGUCAAUAAGUUGAGCUAGAUUUUGACAAAACAACUUCCCUUGUUUAUUUAAUUUUUUAUAAACAUUUUUCUUGGUAUUUUCAAAUCAUAUUGUGUUCUUGAUAUAUGCUAUAUAUGUCAGUGCAUGUGUUUUCGAUUUACCUAAAAACAUGAGUUAAGAAUGGAGAAUUUACAAGUUGAAUGUUAAAAUAUCUGUUACAUGCUUUGAACUAGUAAUUCCAGAUUGUGUGUGAGGGAAAAUAUAAAUUUUUAAGGCAUACUCUAUGGUCAAUGGGCAGAGUUAUGUAUAUCAUCAACAGCUGAUCCAAGAGUUGAUGAUAAAGCUAGCUGGCUAUUAAUUAAAACAUUGGCAUAUCCAGUCUACCUAGUCCAGUAAUGAUACAAGCAUAUCUUGUAUUUCAGGAACAAAAUGAAGCUUAACUCUUGCUUAUAUUCAAUAAACCAUAGGGCUUGAUAAGCAUGGUUUUAAGUUGGGGAGGAGUCAGAAAUACUAGCGUGGAUAUCUUAUAAUUCUGCCAUUAGCCAAAUGCUGCAAAAAUGUGGCAUCUAUUGGUUUUUAUUAUUUUAUGUACCUCUUUUGUUGACUAUAUAAGUAAUUUCAUGUUACCAAAAAAAUAUUGUGUAAAAGAAGUGUAAUAGGUGUACAAGAAAGCAAAUCAGUAUUACGUAAACUUAAGUACAAUUUCAAAAGUUAUUAACCAACAGCAGCAUUUUUUUUUUAAUCUUUAAAAACUUUAUGCUACAUACUAUCGCCAUUUUUAUACCUUUGGGUUUUGCUAGUCCUAUUAAAUGAGUGAAAGUGUCAUCCAGCCACUGAAUUGCCAUUGUUAUUUAUACUUAAAAGGUUCCCAGGGUGACAGUUGUUAUUAUAUCCUGUUUUAUCUUUAUGCUGACACUUGAAUGAGAGGUAGCAGAAACCCUUUCACCAAGUUACUUGGAUUUUCACUGGUAAUUGUACUAAACUCUAUAAAGCUAAGAGCUAAAUUGGAGUCAUGGGUAACAAUGUGUGCAUUUUGUCUUCACAGUGAUGAGUGACAGGAUGAGGAGAAAUUAUUUGACUGCCAUUUUUCUAUGGUUGAAUUAAAGGACACCCCCUUUUUUUUUUUUUUUUUUUUGCCUUUAGGUUUAGGAAAAGAUACUAGGAUACUGUAUGUUGUUGGCCUUAUCUUAGUUUGAUUUGGAGUAUAAAAAGUGGGGGGGAAGGGGAUGGACUUUGGCUUUCUUAGUGUUUUUUUGUUUUGAUUUUUUUCCCCCUAAAGUGUGACAGUGCUGAUGUUUCUAUCAAUUUUACACACAAUAUGUGGCUAUGGAACCAUAUAUCUCAUGUAUCUAUAAAUCAUUGUCUAUUAUUUAAAAGCCAACAAAACAGUAUAACAGUUUUAAGUUCAAUAAUGUUAAGUAUUGUAUAGAAAUAUAUUGGAGGCAAAGUUCAGUUGAUGACAAUUGUGUAUAUGUUACUGAUGCUGUAAAUUAUUUUUAAUAAAGAAAAUUGUAUUAUCACAUUUGACUCAUUAUAAA